CGCUCGCCGCUCGCAGCCCCGCCGCGCCGCCGGCGCUCCUGCCCCGGCAAACAGGUGGGCAAAGCCCCAGCCCGCGCUUAAACGGAGCUUGAGCCGCGCUUAAAAGCGCGCGCGGCGUCCUUCGGGAUGUUUUCGCCCUCGUUACCCCCGCACCUGAAGCUGCCCCCGAGCGCACCGGGAGUAAAAAAAAAAAAAAUAAAUCCCCGUUUGGGGCUUUUGGGGGCGAUUUGCCAGCUUUGCGACGGCUCAGCAUCCCGCCGGAGCUCGCGCUUGCUCCCGGACUUAAACCCAGCCCUAACAAAGAGCUGUUUAUUAAAGCCAGCGACGCGCCAGCUUCUGUUUGCUUUUGCCUGCCUUCCUCUGGGCUCGGGGCAUCCCAGAGCUGCCAGCACAGACGGGCUCGGCCCCCCCGGCAGCCCGGGACCCCCGAAACUGCUCCCGGGGAAGCGGAGGACACCGAGCGCCUUGCUCGGGCUGCUGUGUUUGUCCUCCCUCAACCCUCAGCAGCUCUCUGGAAACGGGAAUCAUUCCACAGUGCGGUUAUGGAAAGGGGGGAAGGAAUCCCUUCGACCAGGUGGGACAGAGCCCAGCAGCUCCGCUCGCUUUCCCGGAAUUCCAUAGCCCCCAGUCCAGCCCCUGUGUGCUCUCCCCGGAUUUCUGAGCGCUGGGAAUGGCUUUGCUCUUUUCCCUCGGUUUCAAGUCAAUUCCGCAGGAAUCCCAUAAUAACGGUGCCCGUCUCCGGCAUGAGUCAGUCCCGCGGGAGCGAUCGGUUUGCAGGCAGGAGUCCCACCAGCGUUCCUGGCCCCGGCAGAGCUCACAAGACAGCUGUUUUCCUCUUCUUUUGUCAUGUGGAAGUGGGACAGGGCUGGAGCUCCAGCAGGAUGAAACAUGAGUUAUAGCAUCUCUCCCACAAAGCGAUCCCAGCCCUGCCUGGAGCGCAGGCCUAGGUGGAAAAAACUCCUGGAUCUGGGUAAAUGCGGGGGGCAGCACCAAGUCAGGGCGCUCAGGGAACAUCGGAUGCUGCGGAGCUCCCGCACCGGCCUCCUCCUCCCAGGGGCAGCAGGUUGGCUCCUGGGAGGAGCGGCGGCGCAGGGAGGUCCCCAUCCCUGUCCCCAUCCCUGUUCCCGCAGAGCUGCCUCAGCAGGCAGCAGCUCCUGGCCGCCAUCCGGCAGAUGCAGCAGCUGCUGAAGGGGCAGGAGACGCGCUUCUCGGAGGGGCUGCGCGCCGUGAGGAGCCGCCUCAGCACCAUCCACGCCUCGCUGGCCAAGGCCGCCCCGCCGCCGCCCGCCCCCUCCUGUCCUGCCCUCCACGCCCCUGCGGACGGGAGGAAGUUCGGCACCAAAUAUUUGGUGGACCACGAGGUUCACUUCGCCUGUGAUCCAGGAUUCCAGCUGCUGGGCUCCAGCACACGGAUGUGCCAGGCCAACGGCAGCUGGACAGGGCAGGAGCCCCGCUGUGCAGAGAUCAGCGAGUGCUCGAGCAGCCCCUGCCAGAACGGCGGGACGUGCCUGGAGGGGCUCGACCACUUCAAAUGCCUCUGCCCCCCGCAGUGGACCGGGACCACCUGCCAGUACCAGGCUCAGACCGCUCCUCCCGCCUGGAGCGUGACGGAUGACCCGGCCUUCAGCCGGCAGCCCCGCUGUGCCCAGAUCGCCCAGACCCAGCAGUGCAGCUGCGAUCCCGGCUUCCACAUGAGCGGCACGGCUCCCGACGGGAUCUGCCAGGACCUCAACGAGUGCGAGGUGUACCAGCAGGAAGGGGGACCCCGGCUCUGCGCCCACGCCUGUGUCAACAUUCCCGGCUCCUUCCGCUGCUCCUGCCCCGCCGGGUACGUCCUGCUGGGCGACGGCAAGAGCUGCGAAGAUAUUGAUGAGUGUUCCCUAUCCCAGGAUAACUGCACCGGCGGGAGCACCUGCAUCAACACCGGGGGGGGCUUCCAGUGCGUCACCCCCCAGUGUCCCCCGGCCGCCGGCAACGUCUCCUACGUCAAAACCUCCCCCUUCCAGUGCGAGCGCAACCCGUGUCCCAUGGAGAGCCGCUCGUGCCACCAGGCGCCCAAGACCAUCUCCUUCCACUACCUCCCGCUGCCCUCCAGGCUGCACACGCCGGCGCCGCUGUUCCGCAUGGCCACGGCGGCGGCUCCGGGCCGGCCGGGCCCCGACAGCCUCCGCUUCGGCAUCGCGGGCGGCAACAACCGCGGGCACUUCGUGGUGCAGCGCUCGGGCCGGCACACCGGGGAGCUGCUGCUGGUGCAGAGCCUGCCGGGGCCCCGCACGGUCCACGUGGACGUGGACAUGGCCGAGUACCUGGACCGCGUGUUCCAGGCCAAGCACCUGUCCAAAAUCACCCUCUUUGUCUCGCCCUACGAGUUUUAGGGGUCCUGCUCCCGGCUGGGGGAUCUCCAGGCUGGAGAUGCGCCGCCCUCUCUGUCCCAAAGUUGUUCUUGCCAUGUGGGUUUGCACCACCAAGUGAGCUGGAGGAGCAGCGCCAUGCUCAUCCUGGCUCCAGAGAGACCAUGUCCUGCAGCAGCAGAUGGAAGCCACAGCCGUGAUUUCCUUUGAAUUCCCGUUUAUUUUUCCUUUAGGAGUGUGUGAGAGGAGGGAGGUUCACGGCCUUUCCUGCUCUCCUCCUAUUGCACCCACUCCCGCUCCCUAAAAACAUCCCUUUGGAUGCUGAAGGGAUUGAGGUCUGGUGCCUCAAUCCCCUGGGACUGAGCAGGGCUGGAAAACUCCAUGAACAUCCACCUGGGUGCCCCCCAUGGCAAGAGCAGCAAAGGAGGAAUUCCAGGGCUAUCCCCCAUGGAUCCUCCUCACAGCAGAGCUUCAGCUGCAUGUGGAGCUGGGAAUAUUCCCUGCUCCAUCAGCCAGAGCUUCCAUCCCAGCAUAGGGAAGUUGGGAUUCAGCUUUUCCCAGGGGGAUUCACCCUCCUGCUUGUGCACGUUCUGCAUGUUCCCUCGUCCCGCUGGAUUUAGUACAAUUAAAGGAUGAUGUAAAGGA